UUGACUUUCCUAGAAUCUGGAAAUGAGCCAACUGCCUUUGCUAUUGCCAAUAAAGUAGAAAAAUAUAAUGAGGACCUUUUUGUUGAAGAACCAAGUACUGUAGGAGAGGAUUCCGUCGACGAAGCCGCUGUUCGUCGUUUGGCCUUAGCAUUAGAAAAGCGAACACUUGCAAAUCAAGAGGCACGAACUAAGUAUGCGGAUCAGCCAAAAAGAUUUAUGGACUCCGAAAUCGAGUUGCAAGAAACACUUGAAGAGAUGCAAAUUUUGGCUGCGAAUCCCUCUCUAUACCACAUCCUAGCAAGCCAGACGCGGCCAGUAUCACUACUGCUUGGUCUUCUCUCUCACGAGAACACUGAUAUUGCUCUGGCCGUACUCGACCUGCUCUAUGAGCUUUUCGAGCCACGUGGUCUCGCAGAGGCAGGUCGUGAGGCCACAGACCCCUUGAUUGAUGCUAUGGUGCUCCAGGGUCACCUUGGACAGCUAAUGGCUCAUAACCUAUCGCGGAUGGAUGAAACCUCGAAAGACGAGGCCGAGGGUGUACAUAAGACUCUUGGUAUUUAG